AUCACACUGCCGCACACACACACCCGUUACCCUUGUGACCGGAGCUCCCCAGCGCUUGCGUAUUCAUCAGCGCGAGUGAGAGAUCGAUCCUUGUGUGUUGCUGUGUGAUUGAGUUGAGUUCAAUGUUGGCGAUGUGCGGAGAGAGGAAACCACCGCACGCACCUCAAAGAAUGACAAGCUCGGUUCAUCGGACGUCUUCGAUUAACUUUGGAUGUUUAGCUGAUGUCGACUUUUUACCCUUUUCUUCAAUGGAAUCAACAAGAGACUAGUAAAAUCGCAGCCUUCACAGGAACAGCAAAACAAUGUGUUGGAAUUUAGUCUAAGAAGCAGCGGCUUCAGAUUCUAAAUAACGAACGUGAUAGACAUUAAGAUAUAAGUCAGUCGCCUGCUGCAGAUAUUCACCUAACUAUUGUGUUAUUAAUGAUCCCAAAUAUCAGCCAGAGCUAAGAGUACGUUUUCCUACAGCCUAAUGUUGCCCAUUUAGCUUAUAGCCUAGCCUACUUGGCAGACGCUCCUGGCACACAUAAGAUAGCUCUUAUAUAAAACGGUUUCUGCGUUUUUUUUAAAGUAGGCAAUUCAAAAGACAACAGUUCAACCUGAAUUGAAGGAGUUAGGAGAUCAAUUAUUUGCACUCUAGUGCGAGUGGUGCGCAACGAAAUGUCCCUCUCAUGAGACGCAAUGUCUUUACAGCUUCGCAUCUUCCAUUGACAGGACAGUUGCUGGGAGAGUCACCGGGAGACCUUCUACCAAGAAACUCGAUAGGCUGUCCAGAGACAAUCUGUGGAAGAGAUACACAAAAUGGCGAGACAUAACCAUCGAUAUUGAGCCCCCCUGUGGUUGAUGGUGAUGCCUGAGCCCAACCCAGCAAUGCAGAAGACGAGAACUCGGUGGUGGCAGGGACGACUGGGAGUUCCUCUGCUGUUUCUGGUUUUCCCGCUCCUCAGGACCGAACCGCUCCAACUCGAGCUGUCGUUCAAUGGACUUUCGGAGCCCCAGAAUGUGACACUGGCUGCUAUCCUGCCUUUGCACAACACUGAAUACCCGUGGGCCUGGCCUCGCGUGGGACCCGCUCUGAUCAGAGCUCUGGAGCGAGUCAAUGACGAACCCACCCUGCUGCCGGGCCACCGCCUCCGCAUCGUCUACGACAGCAGCGAAAGCAAAGAUGGAGUCUGCUCCGACUCAGUGGCGCCGUUGGUGGCCGUGGACCUCAAGUUCUCCUACGACCCGUGGGCCUUCAUCGGGCCUGGCUGCGACUACGCUUCGUCUCCCGUGGGCCGCUUCACCACCCACUGGGACGUUCCCAUGGUGACGGCUGGGGCAGCGGCCAUCGGCUUCAACAUGUACACCUCCAUCACCAACACGGGCCCCACACACAAGAAGCUGGGCGAGUUUGGGGUGCGCCUGCAUCGCCAUUUUGGCUGGCACAGGCACGCCAUGCUCAUGUUCAGCGACAACAAAGAUGACGACCGGCCAUACUACUUUACGGCAGAGGGGCUGUACACACAGCUGCAGCUGGACAACAUCACCACAGCAGACAAGGUCUUCAAUGAGCAGACUGGACCCGUCCAGUAUGGUGACCUCAUCAGUGACAUAAGCCAGAGUGCCCGAGUGGUGUACAUGUGCUGCUCAUGGGACACUUUCCGGAGGCUGAUGGUACAGUUCUGGAGGGAAGGCCUGCCCCCGGAGGACUAUGCCUUCUUCUUCAUUGACCUGUUUGGACACAGCCUGAGGAAGCAGCCCGCUAGGCCCUGGUACAGAGGAGACUCAGACGACCACGCCGCCAAGAAGGCCUUCAGGAGUGUGAAGAUCCUGACCUACAAAGAGCCACAGAACCCAGAGUACAAGGAGUUUGUUUCCAACCUGAAGACGGACGCCAUGAACAUGUUCAACUUCACCGUAGAAGACUCGCUGAUGAACCUGAUAGCAGGAGGCUUCUAUGACGGCGUGAUGCUUUACUCUCAGGCCCUGAAUGAGACCAUGACAGAGGCAGGGGGCCGGCCGCGAGGGGACACCGUCACCAAGAGGAUGUGGAAUCGCACGUACCAUGGUGUUACUGGCUUGGUUCAGAUUGAUGGGGCAGGCGAUCGGGAGAUUGACUUUGCCUUGUGGGACAUGACUGAUCUUGACUCUGGGGUCUUUCAGAUCGUGUCCGUCUACAACAGCACCCUGAAGGAGUUGGUUCCAGUGCCGGGCAUGAAGGUCCAGUGGCCGGGGGGCGCCCCCCCCCAAGACAUCCCCGACUGUGGCUUCAAGAACGACAAGCCCGCUUGCUUAGCACGGACGGUCACUAUGCACCAGAUGGUGGCCAUCGUGGCUUGCUUCAUCUUCGUCAUCAUCGUCACUGUCACCAUCUUCAUCUACAGGAAGCUGAAAUUGGAGAAUGAGUUGGCUGCUCAGCUCUGGCGAGUGCAAUGGGAUGACGUGCAGAUGAGUGACCUGGAGAAAGUGCUGCGCAGGGCCUGCAGCAGACUCACCCUGUCUCUGAGAGGCUCCAACUAUGGCUCUUUCCUGACCAUGGAAGGAAACUUCCAGAUCUACGCCAAAACUGGCUACUACAAGGGAAACAUUUCGGCCAUUAAGUACGUCACUAACAAGAAGCGCAUCGAGCUCACCAGGAGGGUGCUCUUUGAGCUCAAACAUAUGCGCGAUGUUCAAAACGAGCACUUGACUCGCUUUAUCGGAGCCUGUAUCGAUCCUCCUAACAUCUGUAUCAUCACAGAGUACUGUCCCCGGGGCAGCCUGCAGGAUCUUAUGGAGAGCGAGACCAUCACCUUGGACUGGAUGUUCAGAUACUCUCUGAUCAACGACAUUGUUAAGGGAAUGGCCUUCCUUCACAACAGCGUCAUCGUCUCCCAUGGUAACCUGAAGUCCUCUAACUGCGUGGUGGACAGUCGCUUUGUCCUGAAGAUCACUGACUACGGGCUGGCUAGCUUCCGCGAAAAGUCCAAUAUGGAGGACACACACGCCUACUAUGCCCGGAAAUUGUGGGCAGCUCCAGAGCUGCUGAGGGCAGAUAGUCCCCCGCCAUGUGGCACACAGAAAGGUGACAUCUACAGCUUCGGCAUCAUUCUGCAAGAGCUGGCCCUGCUCCGAGGGGUCUUCCACGUCGAGGGGGACACCCUCAGCCCCAAAGAAAUCGUAGAGCGCGUGGCGCUGGGCCAGUGGCCCUACCUGCGGCCCUCCCUCUGCCCCCAGAGUCACAGUGAAGAGGUGGGCCAGCUCAUGCAGCGCUGCUGGAGCGAAGACGUGAACGAGAGGCCCGAGUUCCACCACAUCAAGCUGCUGCUGCGCAAACACAACAGAGGUUAUGGGUCUAAUAUCCUGGACAACCUGCUGUCUCGGAUGGAGCAGUACGCCAAUAACCUGGAAGAACUGGUGGAGGAAAGGACACAGGCUUACCAUGAAGAGAAACGCAAGGCCGAGGCACUGCUCUACCAGAUACUUCCACACUCUGUAGCGGAGCAGCUGAAGAGAGGGGAGACGGUGCAGGCUGAGGCCUUUGACUCGGUCACCAUCUACUUCAGUGACAUUGUGGGCUUCACCGCCAUCUCAGCAGAGAGCACGCCCAUGCAGGUGGUGACCCUAUUGAAUGACCUCUACACGUGUUUCGAUGCCAUCAUCGACAACUUCGAUGUUUAUAAGGUGGAGACGAUAGGCGAUGCAUACAUGGUGGUGUCUGGGCUGCCCGUGAGGAACGGCAAUCUGCACGGCCGAGAGAUCGCCCGCAUGUCACUAGCCCUGCUGGAGGCCGUACACUCCUUCAGGAUCCGCCACCGACCUGCCCAGCAGCUCUUUCUGCGCAGUGGCAUCCACAGUGGCCCAGUGUGUGCUGGUGUUGUAGGACUGAAGAUGCCUCGGUUCUGUCUGUUUGGAGACACAGUCAACACAGCCUCUCGCAUGGAGUCCAAUGGGGAGGCCCUGAAGAUCCACGUGUCGGAGGCCACGCGCACGGUGCUGGACGACUUCAACUGUUUCCAGCUGGAGCUGAGAGGAGACGUGGAGAUGAAGGGCAAAGGGAGGAUGAAGACCUACUGGCUACUGGGGGAGAGCACCAGCAACAUGGCUUACUAGAGAGAGAGAGAGAGAGAGAGAGAGAUGGGGAGAGCACCAGCAACAUGGCUUACUAGAGAGAGAGAGAGAGAGAGCAGGGGGAGAGUGAGAGAAAGAGAGACGGGGAGAGCGAGAGAAAGAGAGACGGGGAGAUGAAGGGCAAAGGGAGGAUGAAGACCUACUGGCUACUGGGGGAGAGCACCAGCAACAUGGCUUACUAGAGAGAGAGAGAAGGGGGAGAGCGAGAGCGAGAGAAAGAGAGAGACGGGAAGAAAGAGAGAGAGAGAGAGAGAGAGAGAGAGACACACAGGAGAGAGAGAGAGAUGCAUACUGUUUAGACCGUAUUAGAGAGACGUGGUAGAAAAGAGAUGUAAGGGAAGGCAGGGCUGAGGUAAAAGGAACAGACAUGCAUACAGAUGCACAUGGGAAUGGAGUGAAAUGGAAAUAAGCAACAACAAAAAACUGUACCACUGACAACUCCCUCCUUAAUGAUAGUCUCAUCGACAGAGUCUCACUGCUCUUCAUGGGGAUACCUUGGUUCCUAUAGGUGGACAAGCCGUGUCUAGAUUGACUUACCAUGGUGGAUCAUCCAUGGACAGCUGUAGACUUGUAGACUUUCCAACCAAAGGAACGAUAUCACUGCUACACCGCCAUGUGCCGAUUGGCGAGGCACCACCUCUGAUUGACACAGACGAUGGGCAUUUGCGAACGACGCCACCCUGUGUUCCAGAGUUGUAACUGUCGAUAUUUGUGAACAAGCAUUUUGGACAUUCUUGUUUGGACCUGUUGUUUGUGGUGACGAGAGUUGUCCAAUGUGUUAUUUUGUGGUUAUUUGACUUUGUGACUGACUUUCUAACAUUUGUGUAGAGGCCUUAGUGUUAUGUGAAGCAUUCCCUGGUGUUUUUCUAUUUAUUUCACAAGUGGUUUGUGUUCUAUAUUACUAUAUCAGUUUGUUCUAUAUCAGUCGAACAUGAAUCAACUGAAGUCCAGAGGGGUACACUACGAAUGUAGCUAGAUGUAUUCAGUCUUUUCUGAUAUUAGCUAGCUUCAGUCAGCUUCACGUUCCAGCUCAGGCUUCGCGCAUGUUAUGAAGGCAGAUCAGGCAGAUGUUGAUCGUUCACCCGCCGCUUACUUGAGCCUGCUCGAGCCGGGCUUGUAACUGCACGUACAUGUCACACAUUGCUAGUCGAAAGCCAAACUGAGACGAUACUGAAACAUUAGUCCAUGGGCGUGUCAGUGACACAUUUUCAUUUUUUGACAAAAUCUAAAUGAAGGGAAAAACGAACCUGCAAAUUCAGCAGGCUAUGGUGUGAAAUGGGCUAUUUACAAGUGCCUCUGUCUUGCGCAUAUCGUUUAUUUGGUGUGCUUAGCAAUGCACGAUGACUCCCCACUCAUAUCGAUAGAAACAUUGUAUGAAUUCCUACGACAGUUUUACUGCCCGUGAAGUUUCAAAUGCAUCCCGUCGUUACUAAAUGUGUUGUGUGUAAUGUAUUUGAAUGUUACUAUUUAUAACACACAGGAUUGACUCAACCACUUCAUUCGGGAUAAAUUGAGUAAACACUGAGUUAGCCAUCCCGGGAGCAGAUUAGUUCUGAAGGAUUCGUUGCUACAGAAAUGUACCUGGCUAAAAGGUGAGCUACAUUUGUGUCACCGUUUGAACUCAGAGUUGACCAAAGUUUCCUCGCUAACUCCUCAAACCAGAUUCGUAGAAUAGGGCUCAGUAAUCCAUAAUAAUACGAGUCAACAAAGUGUGUCCCACAACCUAGUAGGCAAUGUGCUUUAGGGGGAAGUCGUGGAGGCAAUCACCACCAUGCAAGUAUAGGCGAUCUCAUUGACAUUGGUGAAAUGUCUCAAAUUGACACUUAUGGACAUUAGGCUUGUAAAUAAGUCCGUGUGCAUUCAACAGGACUGUUCAAAAAGAGAAUGUACAGCUAAAACGAAUAUUUUUGGUCAUAAAAAAACAAGUUGCUUUAAUCUUCUCAAGAUAAACUGCGGUGACAAUGAAGAAUUGAGAAUUAGAGUUGGCCACGAAUGUCAACUUUUGGGUGAAUUACGUAUUAUUAUCUAGUCACAGGUAAUGCUGUCUGCAUGGUUAUAACCAGAUAGUCCUCUCACACGAAGUUCUUAUAUUACAGACUCAUUUUGAAGUUCAGAUUUUCUAAUUGUCCUUUUUCCUUCUUUUUUUUUUUACAAGAUGAUGUUAUACUCAAGGGUACAAAAGAAUGAGUGAGUCUAGCUCUUCACUUCUGUUACUGAUAAGAAAGGUCCGAUUUAUUUCAGAUUAGGAGUCCUUCUAAAUGGCAUACAUAGCAUAGUGAAAAAUGAUAUAUUGGAUAUAUGCCCAUAAACUCUCAAAGUUGACUCUCGGAGGAUACUGGUUUGGCUUGUGAUUUGCAAACAUGUUACAACAAACGACUCUUUUGCCUUUUGUUCGUUGGUGUUUUUGGGUGGCUCUGCUCGUUGUCUAUCUGAAAGGAACAGCUGCACCACCUCGCUACUUGGCUCAGAAGUGGAGCAUCACUGAUAGGCAGCAUGCACCCAUAUACCAACCAGCGCUAUGGACCAUGUGAAUGUGCUCUCACUUGAAUGGCCCUAAACCUUAAACGUAUCAUCAGUGAGAAUAUCCCCUUUCCAACUUAAGUCUAAAUGAUUUGAUCAUUUCAUUUUCCAUGAUUGAAUGUAUCACCUAAGUCAAAGCCAAUACUCGUGAAAUAAUCAGGAUUGGUAAUGUGGAGUUGUAAAUGAUAACAGCUCUGUGUGAUGUCAGGGAGACACGUCAUUGAUCAGUAGUAACUCACCCAAUGUCAGGCUUGAUCUGACAGGUAACCCAGCGGGCAAAACUGGUUUCAGUAUAAUCUAUUUUAUGGCGUCGUAGUCAGGUUGUAUACUGGUGGUGUGAAAGUUUAUGCAGAAGUUAAUUAUUUUUAGCAAACAGAAAAUCCAGUCUUUGUCUAGUUGUAAUCUGACCAGAUAACAACCAAAAUAUGACGUCUUUCCCAUUAUGUCUUCUUGUUGUGAAAAAUAUGUCUUUACCUGGUUGUAACAAGCAAUUGGUUGAGACCAGCAACUGGUUGAGACCAGUUGUUACAAGCAACUGGUUGAGACCAGUUGCUUGUAAUGUGGUUGUAUGAUUUCUUGUCAACCAGAAAACCAGUUUACAACCAGAAAAUGACAUCAUUAAGAUGAUUCCAAGGCAGGUCCAUCUGCAUACGGUAUGUGUCCACUAUGAAUGUGGUCACAUGGCUUCUUUAAAGUUUCUGAUGCAGUAAAAUGUAUUGUAUUGUGUUGUUUUGGUUGCCUUGUCUGUAUUUUCGAAGAGUGGGUUGGUCUUUGAAUUACUGUAUGUUACAAUGUACUGUUGUGUUUUAAAAUAUGACAUUGGCGUUGUUUUGGGGGGAGAAAGAAAUGUUCAGUUACAUUGCCUGUCUUGUUUCGGGUCAGUUGAAUGUCUUUAUAAAAUCAGUUGAUAACCCACAUUUUCUUCUGAGUCAAUAGCAAUGUGUUAUUGUGCUUGAUGUCAUUUUGGCCGAAACGUGAUGUACUUUCCAUGUUUAGUUAUUUAUUAGACCUUACAAUCUAAGUGGGACUGUCCAUGCACACAAUUGCAUUUUGUAUCACAGUAUGGCACAACAACCCACAUACUCGUAGUCUAAUCUACAGGUUACAUAUUUCUAUCUAUCUAUAUAUAAACUUGAAAUAAUAGGGAUAUAAGUACAAGGUCAAAUAACACAGUACAAGGUCAAAUAACACAGUAAAAAAACAGCUUCAAAGACUUAACACUUUGACUACUUUUAUUUGUACUGUGUAGCACUUUGAAAAAAGUUAUUUGUCACAGAGUGCUUAAAAAAGAUGCUGAAGAGGCAGAUUCUUCACACAGUGUUAAGGAAGAAAUCUGCAGUGUUGGAAAAAGUACCCAAUUGUCAUACUUGACUAAAAGUAAAGAUACCUUAAUAGAAAAGGACUCAAGUAAAAGUGAGUCACCCACUAAAAUACUACUUGAGUAGAAGUAUUUGGUUUUAAAUAUACUUAAGUAUCAAAGUAAAAGUAUAAAUCAUUUAAAAUUGCUUGUGUUAAGCAAACUUGACGACACUAUUUUAUUUUUUAUGGAGAGCCAGCACUCAGACAUAAUUUACAAACAAAGUAUUUGUGUUUCGUGAGUCUGUCAGAUGAGAGGCAGUAGGGAGGUUCUCUUGAUAAGUGCGUGAAUUGGACCAUUUUCCUGUGCUGCUUAGCAUUCAAAAUGUAAGUACUUUUGGGUGUCUAGGAAAACGGAUGGGGUAAAAACUGAAUUAUUUUCUUUAGGAAAAAGUAAAAGUUGUCAAAAAUAUAAAUAGUAAAGUACAGAUACCCCAAAAAACGACUUAAGUAGUACUUUAAAGUAUUUUUACUAUAGUACUUUACACCACUGGAAAGGAAGAAGAACCAAAUGAGGGGUCUAUCUUUCUCUGGCAAGUCAGCUGAAAGUUCAGAUUUUAUAUGAUCCUGAAGGUUAGUAAUUUGUUAAUGUCAAGAGAUCAGUAUUAAACCUCCUGAAUCAUUGCAUGUUAGAAUCACCUCUGGCAGUGAUUAGAGCUGUGAGUCUUUAUGGGUACAUCUCUAAGGGCUUUGCACACCUGGAUUGUACAAUAGUUGCCCAUUAUUCUUUUCAAAAUUCUGCCAGCUCUGUGGAGUUGGUUGUUGAUCAUUGCAAGACAGACAUUUUCAAGUCUUGCCAAAUCAAAACUGUAAACUGCCAAUCAUGAACAUUCAAUGUCGUCUUGGUAAGCAACUCCAGUGUAUAUUUGGCUUGUGUUUUAGGUAAUUGUCCUGCUGAAAGGUGAAUUUGUCUCCCAGUGUCUGGUGUAAUGCAGACUGAACCAACUUUCCCUUCAAGAUUUUGCCCAUGCUUAGCUCCAUUCCAUUUAUUUUUAUCCUUAAAAAACUCCCUAGUCUUUGCUGAUGACAAGCCAUCACCACGCUUGAAAAUAUGAACUCAGUACUCAGUGAUGUGUUGUGUUGGAUUUGCCCCAAACAUUACGCUUUUUAUUCAGGACAAAAAGUACAUUUCGUUACUACAUUUUUUUUGCAGUAAUACUUUAGUGCCUUAUUGCAAACAGGUUGCAUGUUUUGGAAUAUUGUUAUUCUGUACAGGCUUCCUUCUUUUCACUCUGUCAUUUAUGUUAGUUUUGUGGAGUUACUACAAUGUUGUUGAUCCAUCCUCAGUUAUCUCCUAUUACAGCCAUUAAACUCUAUAACUGAUUUUAAAAUCACCAUUGGUCUCAUGGUGAAAUCAAUGAGCGGUUCCCUUCCUCUGAGUUAGGAAGUGCACCUGUAUCUUUGUACACCAUCCAACGUGUAAUUAAUAACUGCACCAUGCUCAAAGGGAUAUUUAAUUUCUAUUUUGUUUUACCUAUCUACCAAUAGGUGCCCUUCUUUGUGAACCAUUGGAAAACCACAAUUUUUCCUUUUCUUUGUGAUUGUAUCUGUGCUUGAAAUUCACUCCUCGACUGAGGGACCUUACAGAUUUUGAAGUCGCAGUCAGGGCUUACUUUAUUGUGAGACCAUGACCGACUCAUGUCCACUACACAUUCUCCAUGACUACUGAUGGAGGGGGAAGCAGUCAUCACUACUGACUACUUAUGAUUGUAAAUAAAAUAAGUGUGGAUUAUACAGUUUAGCUACAUUACUGACCGGAGUUGACGUAAAUUAAAUUUCAAUCAGAAAAAAAACGUUUUCGAUGAAGUUUCUCCUCAGUAUAUUGAGAAAUCGUUAAAAAUAAAUGCAACUUUUUUUUAUUGA